AUGGCGCUACAGCCAACCAUUUUCCCUGGCUUUGUUCCAGAUUGGUCAAAUCUCGACGUGCUGCAUCGGAAUACCUUGCCACCGAGGGCACACUUCUAUACUUACGGCACACCAAAUGCUGCCCUCAGCUACGACCGGGAGCAGAGCUUGUACCAGAGUCUGAAUGGCACCUGGAAAUUCCGUUAUGAGCAGUGUCCAUUCGAGACUUCCGUUGGUUCUGCUAACACUUCUGCAUGGGACUUCAUCGAGGUGCCCGGCAUGUGGCAAACUCAAGGCUACGGAAAUCCGCAUUACACGAAUUUCAACUUCCCAUUUCCCGUGACAGCUCCCAAUGUCUCUUAUAUCAACCCUACCGGCACUUACUUCCGAGACUUCGAAAUCCCGGAGCCAUGGUCGGAUCAUCAGAUCCGUCUCCGUUUCGAGGGCGUCGACAGCGCAUUCCACGUGUAUAUUAACGGUGAUGAGGUAGGCUACAGCCAGGGGUCUAGAAACCCCAGCGAAUUCGACAUCACACCUUACCUCGAGGUGGGUUCCACCAAUAAUGUCUCUGUCCAAGUUUACCAAUGGUCUGAUGCAACUUAUAUUGAAGAUCAGGACCAGUGGUGGCUUAGCGGGAUCUUUCGUGACGUGUAUCUGGUGCCAUUUCACAAAAAUUCCGUGGUCGACUUCGAAGCCACGCCGCUCGUGGCGGACGACUUCAAGAGCGCCGUUCUGAACGUCAAUUUGAAGAUACAAGGCACUCCACAGCCGCUCAAUUUGACACUCUCGCAUCCGAAUGGCACCUCCCUACAGCAGAUGCCGGGGAACGCGACUGGAAGCAACGAAUUGCGCGUUUCUGGUGACGACUUGGUGCUUUGGUCUGCUGAGAGUCCUUCGCUGUAUACUCUUCUGAUUGGGUUACAUAAGUCAAAGGGUCGGAUUCCGGAGCAUCGAGCGUAA